AUGGGUGUAUCCCACAAAUGGUUCAGAAUUGUUCGUGCCAAGUUCCUCAGAUCAUCCAACAAAGACAUAGUUCUCCCUCGCUCUAGCAUUUCCACCAACCAAUAUGAAGAAGCAGCCAUACUUGGGAAUAAAACAACCACCGCGGAACACUACAAUUUCCCCACACCAACAACUUCGCCAAACACCUUCACCCAGGAAGAUGUCGCCGCAAUUAAGAUUCAAGCUUAUUUCAGGGGACAUCUUGCGAGACGAGCAUAUCGGGCUCUGAAAAGCUUGGUGAAGCUGCAAGCAUUGGUUCGCGGGGUGUGGGUGAGGAGACAAUCGCGUAUAGCAAUGCAGUGUAUGCACGCACUUGUACGAUUACAAGUCAGGGUUCGUUCUCGACAGCUUCUUGGUAGCUUCAAUAAGGAUUAA